AUGAUACAUUAGAUUUUAUAAAAUAAUUUUCCAAAACAAAUAUAAGUUACUAAAGAAUUUUAAGAAGGGGAUGGCUUAACACCUAAUGAGAACGAUGAUUAUAUGUUAAUCAAAAAGAAAUUUUAGUUCAAACUGUCUGAUAAUAAUGAAAUUCUUUAUUCAAUUGAUGGAAGAAUAAUUAGAAUGUAAAUAAAACUUUGAUUAAAGGGAUUGCUAUGGGGCCCAAUAAAUAAUGACAAAUUUAGAAUAAAUUAACCAUCUACAUUGGAAAGGCAAUUGGGACUAGAAUUUCAAAAAAAUAGGAAAAUGGACUGCUUAAUGGAAAGACGAUUAUGAAGGAGUUGGAGGACUCUACAAUGAAAAUGGCAAUAAAGAAGGGAUCUGGAAAGAGAUGAUAAAUAACUUUUGGGAGUAAUUAUACAUAAAUGAUAUUACAAGCUAAGCAAAAGUGUAUGAGAUAGGAGACUACGUAAAUGGAAUUAGAUAAGGUGUUUGGAUCUAUGUGUUCGAAAACAAAAAGAUGUAAAGUUUUGUUUUCAUCUAGUGGUGGAGGAGUUUACAAGGAAAAUGGAUUAAAAAAUGGUAAGUGGUUAGAAUUAGGUGAAAAAUUUUAAAGGUAUGAUUCAACUAAAUACAUUUUAGAUCAAGCUAAAUUAUUUAUGAAGGUGAUUAUUAAAACGGUAAAAAGUGCGGGGCAUGGAAUACCAUGUAUAGAGGGAAAGGAAAUUAUGAAUUCACAAAGAUGUAAAAAUUUUAUAGAGCAUCGAUCUAGAGGAGGAGGAUAUUUCAAUGAAGGUUAAAAGGAUGGCGAUUGGAUAGAAUUAAGUGAUUUCUUUAGCAUGUUCUUAAUUUAUUUAUAAAUUAUUAGUCUUAGUCAAGUCAUUUAUGAAGGUAAAUAUCAAUUUGGAAAAAAAUAUGGAAGAUGGAAUACUUAGUAACGGUUCUCAGAAGAGUCAAAGUUUUAAUAAAUGUAUAUUUUAUAUAAACCUAUAAAGUGGCGGAGGAAAUUUUAACGAACAUGGAAUGAAAUAAGGCAACUGGGUCGAACUAUGUAGUUAAUUUUAGAGGUAGAUUCCAUUGAUUUAGAAAUAUUAUAGCUACAUUUAAAUUACAUACAGUGGAGAUUAUCAAAAUGGUUUGAAAAUUGGUAAAUGGGCUACUCUGUUUAAAGAGUAUAGUGGGGACAAAUUUAGAGUAAUGUAAUUAUUUUUGCUUUAUUAUUUUAGUGGCGGUGGAUCUUAUGAUCUCAAAGGUGUGAAAAAUGGUGUUUGGGUAGAAUUAUGUGAUAGAUUUUACAGGUGUAUAUUUAUCAAUAAUUUAAAUAGGAAUUAUUAACUUAUAUUUUAAGGAGAAUAUCAAAAUGGCUUAAAGUCAGGAAUGUGGACCUCAUAAUUUAGAUCGAGGAUUGAUGAUGAAUAUGAAAAGAUGUAAUUAUGAUGCCUUUUAUAAAGUGGUGGAGGAUUAUAUGAUUUACAUGGUUGGAAGGAAGGUAUAUGGGUCGAAUUAGAUGAUUACUUUAGUAGGUAAGUUAUUUUGAUUAAUUAAAGAAAUGCUUAAGUAAUAUCUAAAGGAAAAUAUAAAAAUAAUAAAAAAUAUGGUCAAUGGAGUACUAAAUUUGAAGGAGAAACUAUGUAUCUAUUAAUAUGAUGAUAAAAAUAAUUAGAGGAGGAGGUUUUUAUAAUAUAGAAGGAAUGAAGGAAGGAUAUUGGAUUGAUUUGAGCGAUAGAUAUUCAGAGUAUAUUAUUGAAUAAUUAUUAUACCAUUUUUACAGAUAUAAUAGCUACAUUUAUCAAGGUGAAUACAAAAACGGUAGAAGAAGUAGUAAAUGGACCAUUGUGUAUUACAAUGAAACAAGAUAUGAUGGUGAUACCUUUUAAUUUAGGACUAAAAUGUAAGAAAUCAAAAUAAAUACUAGUGGAGGUGGAUAAUUUGAUAACAAUGGAUUAAAGACUGGUAAAUGGGAAGAAUUGAUUAGCGAUUAUAAUCUGUAUUAAUAAUUAUUUAAUACAAUUAUAAAGUUGCAAGCAAGUUACAUUUAUUGGUGAAUAUUAAAAAGGUAUAAAAAAAGGUAUUUGGAAUACUAUGUUGAAGGAGAGUUCCAUCUUAAAAUUGAUGUAAUGAUUUGAAUAAGAAAUUAAUUAUAGAGGUUUUGGAUUAUUUGAUGAAAUUGGAAUGAGAAAUGGCAAAUGGAUUGAAAUAGCUGAUGAAUUUAGAAAGUAUUAUUAAUGAAUUAUGAAUAGUGCAAAUUAACUCAUUUAAAGUGGAGAGUAUAAAAAUGGUUAGAAAAAUGGGGAAUGGGUCAUAAUGCUUGCGGCUGGGAAGGAACACAAAGAAUGUGAGAUUAAGUAACUUUUCAGCUAAUAAUGAUUUAAGGGAGAGAAUACAUUUUAGUAUCGGCACAAAUUAUUGA